AUGUUCGCAGGACUUGUUCACCCUAUCAUUCAUCUUGGGUUUGGGAUUGAGUUCAAGCAGCCUGACAUUGCUGCUCACGCUCUCGCACAGGCUUCAGUUCACAAGGAUUACCUUGCAGACUGUAUUGAAGAGGUUUCGUGGUUGAUGGACUUUGUGGGUGGAUUGCCGAGUUUGGAGGAAAUCACUAUCGAAGAGGAUUUAUUUGUGGGGAGUUCCAAUAUCCGCUGA